UCGAGGAGGGAGGACGGACGGUUGAACAGAGCGAAGGGGGUGUGUGUAGUGUUUUAGUGGGGCACUGCGCUCAGUGUUUCUGAUCCAGCAAGCUGGCGGAAUUCAAUAUGGCAUCGGGCGAGACGCUGUACAUAGAAGCGGAUGGCUCGGAGAUGCCGGCGGAGAUAGUGGAACUCCACGAAAUAGAGGUGGAGACCAUUCCCGUGGAAACAAUCGAGACCACGGUGGUCGGGGAAGACGACGAUGACGAACACCAGCCCAUGAUCGCGCUACAACCGCUUGUUACAGACGACCCAAAUCAUGUCCAUCACCACCAAGAGGUGAUUCUGGUCCAGACCAGGGAGGAGGUAGUCGGCGGGGACGAUUCAGACCUUCGUGCAGACGAUGGAUUUGAGGACCAAAUUCUUAUUCCCGUCCCUGCACCAGGGGCCGAGGAGGAAUACAUUGGACAAACUCUGGUUACUGUUGCAGGCAAAAGCUCUAUCGGGCGGAUGAAGAAGGGGAUCGGGGCUGGCAAGAGAGCGGGCAAAAAGAGCUACCUGACCGCUGCCGAGGCCACGGGUAGGAAAUGGGAACAGAAGCAGGUGCAAAUAAAGACACUGGAGGGGGAAUUCUCGGUUACGAUGUGGGCAUCGGAUGAUAAGAAGGACCUGGAUAGUGAUGGUGGUGUUGAGGAGCAGCUGGUGGGGGAGAACUCUCCUCCUGACUACUCGGAGUACAUGACGGGCAAGAAGCUGCCACCAGGGGGCAUCCCAGGCAUCGACCUCUCAGACCCCAAACAGCUGGCCGAGUUCGCCAGCCCCAACAGGAGAGGCCCAGGUUGGAUGAAACCACGAAAGGUCAAAGAAGACGACGCCCCACGGACGAUAGCAUGCCCUCACAAGGGCUGCACUAAGAUGUUCCGGGACAACUCUGCGAUGCGUAAGCACCUGCAUACCCAUGGGCCACGUGUGCACGUGUGUGCAGAGUGCGGAAAAGCCUUCGUGGAGAGUUCCAAACUCAAGCGACACCAGUUGGUGCACACUGGCGAAAAGCCCUUCCAGUGCACGUUUGAGGGCUGUGGCAAGCGUUUCUCUCUGGACUUUAACCUGCGCACUCACGUGCGCAUCCACACGGGCGACCGGCCCUACGUCUGCCCCUUCGACGGCUGCAACAAGAAGUUCGCCCAGUCCACCAACCUCAAGUCCCACAUCCUCACCCACGCCAAAGCCAAAAACAACCAAUGAGACGCUUCCAAACGCACCCAGUCCCACCUCCUCUCCCUCUCCCUGAUUGGCUCUCGCAACUGCUCUCUUCCUCUCUCACUGUAUAAUUCUCUCUCUUUCUCUCCUCUCUCUCUGUCUAUGUCUCGCGCCAUCUGUUUUGAUAAUGAAAUGAAAUUAAUUAAUGAUAGUGGGUGGGUGAAACUGAGCUCGCUACAGGCCUCCCAAGUCCCUCUGUCCUCAUAAAGACUUGCCCCCCCACCCCCCAAACAACACUGUCCCAUGGUCACCAUGACAGCGCCCUUGACACACACACCCCUAUUGGACGGCCGUCGCUGGAUGGAACUCAUGGACGUUGGUUCAGCUCAACAGCACCAGCUAGUGGAUAGACUUGGACCUGCAUCUCACCAGACCACAGCACAGCACACGUGAACUGACCUGGCAUCAUCAUCUCUCUCUCUCUCCACUUCUGACUGCUGUGUGCGAUGUCUUUAUAGUAUUUACACUGCCCCCCCACCCCCACCCCCCCUUACCUUGGGUGUCCUCCACACCAGGGGAGCUCUUUCACCAUUACAGGAGGUCAUACAAAGGUUUUUAUUUCUCUCUCUCUCUCUCUCUCUCUCUCUCUCUCUCUCUCUCUCUCUCUCUCUCUCUCUCUCUCUCUCUCUCUCUCUCUCUCUCUCUCUCUCUCUCUCUCUCUCUCUCUCUCUCCUUCUUACUUUGUGUGUGUGUGUUGCUGGUCUUAGAUCAGUGCGUAAGGUUUUGUGGACCUCAUACACAGCAACACACAAACACGGUCCCAAACCCCUCAGCCCACCCCCCUCCCAUCUCAAAUCAAGACUUAGGACUUUUUAUUUGUUUGUUUGUUUGUUUGUUUAUCAAUGUGUGUAGAGGUGGGGGGUUUGGAUAAUAAUAAUAAUAAUGGUGGUGAUGAUGAUGAUGAUCAUAAUAAUAAACCCAUGCUAGUGUUCUGUACUGUACACCAGUCGGAAGACGUUACACCUUAAAAAAAAAGAUGUUUUUUUUUCUCUCUCUCUCUCGCUCUCUCCUUUGUUAGAAUGUAUUGUAAAGGUCUUAUCCACCAUCACAGACACCCACCUCUCUUACUCUACUGAUACACAACACACAUAGACAUGCUAUUCAUCUUACGUGUGGCUAUGCACCCAUGUGUAGACACACUACACACCUUAUAUAUGUCUACGCACCCAUGUGUAGACAUAUUACACACCUUAUGUCUGUCUAAUUCAAACCAUGUACUUCCCUCAAUACAAUAAAGGACUCAGUUCA